AAUGAACAAUACAAAAAUCAAAAAUGAAUACCCUUAAAGUCAUCUUGGUCUUGCUCUCUAUGCUCCUCAUAGCUUCACCCUCUUUGGCAACCCGACCCGGAUCCAAACCUUCUGGUGAUGAUCAACAGAAGAAGCACUCCAAGAGUGGUGGCGGCGAUGACCCCAACUAUGGAGGUGGUGUUGGGCCCUUCUUUGGGCCAGGAGGUGGGUUCAGCAUACCCGGAUUUGGAAACGGGUUUGGGAAUGGAAUAGGAGGAGGUUAUGGCGGUGGAUACGGUGGACCAAGUGGUGGUUACUCCAGAGGUGGUGUUGUCAGGCCCACCGUUGUUUGCAAAGACAAAGGCCCUUGCUUCCAGAAGAAGAUCACUUGUCCUGCUAAGUGCUUCACCUCCUACAGCCGCUCCGGCAAGGGGUACGGCGGAGGCGGCGGCGGAGGCGGUUGCACCAUUGACUGCAAAAAGAAGUGCAUAGCUUAUUGCUGAGUGAGUCAUAUCACACAUGAAUACUGUUAGAAACAUUUCAAGUGUUUCAAUGUCUAGGGUAUUUUAGUAAUUUUAUUAAAAUAUCUUAAACAUUAAGAUCACUUAAAAUGAUUCUCGUGUAUGAAUGUGUGUGAAACUUAAUUACAUAUAUAUGGUUAUUUCUUGCAUGCAUACUCCUUUUUUAGAUAAAUAAACAUAUAUGUAUGAAUUAUGAUGGUACCGGUGGAUUUGUUUUGGGAGUGCCCUUUUGGAUAUUUCUAGUUUUAUAUAGGUUUGGAAAAAGAAUAUAUUGUGGAUGAUGAGGAGAUUUUAUUUUUAUAUAUAUGGUUGUUCACUACUGUAAUUUUGCUUACUAUAUAUAUAUGACAGAUAUAUUAGAGGUA